GUGGGGGAAAUGUGUCAGUUUAAGAAGAGUGGUUUCACUUUUCUCUCGUCAUAUCACUGUAGCUCAGCGCAUCGACUCUAUUUGGAACCAUGACAUUUGUGAACACUCUCAAACAGUGGGAUGAGGCAGUGGCCUGUUUCGAACGCGGGGAUUCCGCAGCUGCCCUUGGAACAUUUCUGGACAUCCAGGAAAAGAACUCCAAAAUCUUUUUCAACAUUGGCUGCCUACAUUUGAUCAAUAAGAACCUAGAUGCAGCUGAAAAGGCUUUGGACAGUUGUAUCGGAAAGGAUGAACACUUGGCUGUUGCAUUCUUUCAAAGGGGGUUGACAUUCUACAAAAAAGAAAGGUUUGAGGAGUCUUUUGCUGAUUUCCAACAUGCCUUCAAGGAGUUGAGGGGGAACCAGCUGAUUGACUACAAACCUCUUGGUCUGAGAUACAAAUUAUAUGCUUGUGAGGUACUGCACAACAUGGCGCUGGCCCAUGCUCAGCUGGGUCAGUGGGAGAAAGCCAAGGAGAACCUCCUGACUGCUCUGAAUCUCAGGACCGAGGCCAAACUCAGCCACAUCGACAGAGGUCUGGAGUGCAUCCUGAAGCAGAAGCUGUUUGAGCCAGUUAAGGUCCCGGCGAAAGUGCUGUUCAAGCCAAACAAGAACUACGUGGCUGAACUGGAGAAGAAGGACUACCUGGGCAAGGCUAAGGUUGUUUCUUCCAUCGUCUUCCAGGAUGAGUUCUCUGGCUUUGCUCCGUUACAGCCACAGGUUGAAGAUGUUCCUACCAGACCAAAAGCGCCUGAAGUUCUGAGGGCUCUGGAGGGAGAGCCUCACACUGUCCUCUUUGAGUUUGUCCCUGAGACAAGUGAUGAGUUAGCUGUGGUGCCUGGCAACAUUGUCUUUGUGCUGAACAAAGGAUCUGACAACUGGGCCUCUGUCAUCUUCAAUGAGCGAAGGGGACUUGUUCCUUAUAAUUUCCUGGAGCGUUUGGAAAUAACCUUAUCAUCUAAGCAAGAUCAGGAUGGGACAGACAAGGAUGACAUCCCAGCGCCACCUAGACGAGAACCACCGAACAGACCUCAGAGAAAUUCUGCAGCUUCUGCUACUGAAAAUCAGAGCAGCGGGGACACAAAAACAGAGAGUGAAGAGUUUAGUGACCAUUCACUCUGUGUAGUGAAAGUGCACUUCACAUACACCAUAGCAAUCUGCAUGGUGCCUGGACUUCCCUACACAACAACUCUGGAGAAAAUCAGUAACAAACUGGGCCUCCCUGCCACAGCAAUCACCUUGAGCUAUGCCCAAAUAGAUUCUGGUAAAAAAGUGAUUGAUGAGAACACAAGGAUGGAAGAUGUUUGGAGCUGUGUCCACAAUGGUCGUUUAACACUGUGGUGUGAUCUCAAAGAGGGCAUGAGUGAGCAGCUGCAAAGCCAGACUCACCUGAUGGCGCUUCAUUCCUAUGAGUCUUCAACUCCAGAGGAUCUUGAGUUCCAUCAAGGAGAUACCAUCUUACUUCUCUCCAAAGUCAAUGAAGACUGGUUUGAGGGACAGUGCAACGGAAAGAUUGGCAUAUUCCCGGCAUCCUUUGUGGAAGAAGUUCCUAUGAAAGAUAAAUAAUGUAAAAGGAAUGUCAGGAUAAGGAACAAUGACUUCAUAGAGAUUGUGGGAUUUGAUAUUUCUACUUUGAGCAUGAGGUCCAGGAUUCUAUCCGAUAACGCUUUGGCAGCUAUGCACCAGGCAAUGUUCCCACCUUCGUGGAAACCACAUUUACGGUCCACACCGCAUAUGUCGGCUGACUGGCUUUUGUCUUCUAAUCUGGAAACCACCAACCAAACAUCAUCAAAGAAAAACACAGUCAGAUUUCAAUAUUUAUGUUGACGGAAGGCAUUUAGGUCUGAAACGUCAUUACCUAAGCAAGGACCUUUCUUCAUUGGGCUGAUAUUUACCAAUUUAUGUCAUGUUAUUGUUUAAGUAUGUUAUAAGUUUUAAUAACCUUUUUGGCCCGGCACAAAUAUAGCAUGCCCAGGUUUUCUACAUAUUUGAAUAGAAAUGCAUUUUUUUGUUUUACAUUCUUUUUACAGUUUAAUUCGGAAGUUUACAUACACUUAGGUUGGAGUCAUUAAAACUAGUUUUUCAACCAUUCCACAAAUUUCUUGUUAACAAACUAUAGAUUUGGCAAGUCGGUUAGGACAUUUACUUUGUGCAUGUACAAGUAAUUUUCCCAACAAUUGUUUACAGACAGAUUAUUUCACUUAUAAUUCACUGUAUCACAAUUCCAGUUGGUCAGAAGUUUACAUAAACUAAAUUGACUGUGCCUUUAAACAGCUUGGAAAAUUCCAGAAAAUGAUGUCAUGGCUUUAGAAGCUUCUGAUAGGCUAAUUGACAUCAUUUGAGUCAAUUGGAGGUGUACCUCUGGAUGUAUUUCAAGGCCUACCUUCAAACUCAGUGCCUCUUUGCUUGACAUUAUGGGAAGAUCUAAAGAAAUCAGCCAAGACCUCAGAAAAAAAAAUUGUAGACCUCCACAAGUUUGGUUCAUCAUUGGGAGCAAUUUCCAAACGCCUGAAGGUACCAAGUUUAUCUGUACAAACUGAUGUCCUAGUCUGGUCUGAUGAAACAAAAAUAGAACUGUUUAGCCAUAAUGACCAUUGUUAUGUUUGGAGCAAAAAGGGGGGAGUCUUGCAAGCCGAAGAACACCAUCCCAACCGUGAAGCACGGGGGUGGCAGCAUCAUGUUAUGUGUGUGCUUUGCUGCAGGAUGGACUGGUGCACUUCACAAAAUAGAUGGCAUCAUGAGGUACGAAAAUGAUAUUGAAGAAACAUCAAGACAUCAGUCAGGAAGUUAAAGCUUGGUCGCAAAUGGGUCUUCCAAAUGGACAAUGACCCCAAGGAUAUUUACAAAGUUGUGGCAAAAUGGCUUAAGGACAACAAAGUCAAGGUAUUGGAGUGGCCAUCACAAAGACCUGACUUCAAUCCUAUAGAAAAUUUGUGGGCAGAACUGAAAAAGCGUGUGCGAGCAAGGAGGCCUACAAACCUGACUCAGUUACGCCAGCUCUGUCAGGAGGAAUGGGCCAAAAUUCAACCAACUUAUUGGAAGGCUACCCGAAACGUUUGACCCAAGUUAAACAAUUUAAAGGCAAUGCUACCAAAUACUAAUUGAGUGUAUGUAAACUUCUGACCCACUGGGAAUGUGAUGAAAGAAAUAAAAGCUGAAAUAAAUCCUUCUCUCUACUAUUAUUCUGACAUUUCACAUUCUUAAAAUAAAGUGCUGAUCCUAACUGACCUAAAACAGGGAAUUUGUACUAGGAUUAAUGUCAGGAAUUGUGAAAAACUAAGUUUAAAUGUAUUUGGCUAAGGUGUAUGUAAACUUCCGACUUCAACUGUAUGUGCUUGUAUGUAUCUGACACCACAAAUGGUUCCCUCAGGAACAAUCUGCUAUACCUAAGUUAUUUUUAUGUCAUUGUUAAACAAAUUAAACAUUGGGUAUAGCAUGGACACAGACUAUUCUGAAUUGCAGUUUCAGGACCUUUGGUAUGUGUGUAUAUGAAAAUAGCUUUCAUAGCACAUUUGACGUCUGCAACUAUGACUGAUCCAACAGCCUAUAUUAAAGAUUUUGAAUGACAAAAUAAAACCGACAAAAUCAUACAA